GCGCCUACAUGUAUCUCUUCACCCGCCACGUGUUACACUGGCAGGCGAGCGACUAUGGCAUCUGGGUGACCUAUAAGAACCUUUUAGCUACUCUAGGCUCCCUGGUCGCCGUGCCCGUCCUCAGCGCCGGCCUGAAGGUGUCCGACAACGUGCUCGCGAUGGUGGGCGCGCUCUCCUCCGUCUUCGAUUACAUCCUGUACGGCCUCGUCAGCGAAGAGACCUAUUUCUUCAUGUGGCUAGCUCCCCUGGCGGCGCUCUUAGUGAACUCUUGCGCCAUUGCUAUCAGGGCGAUGCUGUCCAAAUACGUCUCGUCAGAUGAAGUAGGCAAAGUCUCGGCGGUCCUGGGCGCGCUGGACGGCAUCAUGCCCAUGAUCAGCUUCUCGCUCUACACGGCCGUCUACCACUCGACGGUGGAGGUCUUCCCCGGCGCCCAGUUCUUCUUCGGCGCCUCCUCCAACGUCCUCAUGGCGCUCAUCUUCAUCUUCGUGAUGGUGACGGACAAGACGGGCACGUACAACGUGGAGGCGCCGAAGCCGCGCAAGGAGCCCGUGGCGGCCGUGACGGAGAAGCGGCUGGUCAUGCACCAGGACUCGCGCUGGCUCUACGAGGACACAGGCCACAACAAGCUCAAGAUCCGCCUCUCCACCAUUCUGCUGUCCUCCCUCAACUUCAGCAUCGAGGUGCCCACGAUGGAGAGCAGCUUUGGCAAACCGCUGGAGACGAUCCAGGAGGAGCCCGAGAAGGAGGAGGAGGAGGCGAAGAAAGAGAACAAGAGCGAGCAGAAGGGCGGCGGUCGGGACGCCUUCGACAACCCCGCUUACUCGCACGACGGCGCCGUCUGAGUUCCUCAGGCCGGUCCCCCGCGCCCUUCCUGCCCGGGCGUCUGUACUUAUCUCUCCUUAUUAAUGCAUAUUUUUUUUUAACGGUAGGUUCAUGUUUGAGCCGCCGUGGUCACAGCAUGAUACUUAAUUGUAGUACUCAUGUUGUGAUGCUCUUGGAGUGAGUACGUGGUAGGG